AUGGCCUCCCCCAAUCCCAACCCCAACCCCACCUCCGCCCCCGAUCCCUCCACCACCCAACAACCCUCCAUCACCGACGACGCCGAGCUCGACCCCGAUAUCGACAUGGCCAUAGACCCCGCGCCUCCCGACCCCGAGAACCCAGCCCUGGACGAAGCGCUCCCCGAGCCCCGAGAAGCGACCCGGAAGGACAUCUCGCUGCGGGAUUUCCUGGGCAAGAUGGACGACUACGCACCCAUCAUCCCCGACGCAGUAACGCAGCACCACCUCCUCCUGGCCGGGCUAUCCCCCACCACGACCCCGCUCCCCCUCGCGCGGCUCCUCGCGCUGGCGACGCAGAAGUUCAUCGCCGACAUAGCAGCCGACGCGUAUCAGUACUCGCGGAUGCGAUCCUCCGCCACGGGCGCCGGGCAAUCCACCACCGCGGCCGCCAUACCGGGAGCGGAAGGCGGGGCGGGGCAGCAAGCCGGGGCCGGGAAGGCUGGCGGCGGGGGGAAGGACGACAAGGGGAAGAGUGGGCAGCAUGUGUUGGGGGUGCAGAGGGCGGGGUAUGGAGGGGGUGGAGGGGGGGGCGGGCAGGCGGGACGGGCGGUGUUGACGAUGGAGGAUUUGGGGUGUGCGGUUGGGGAGUAUGGGGUUAAUGUUAAGAGGGGGGAGUUUUAUCGGUGA